GCUCGUUCGCCGGCGGGAGAGAAAAGGUGGCGACGACGACGACGACGGUCGAGCCUGCGGGCCGGCUCAUGGCAGCGGUUGGGGGCCGGCGGCUGCCCACCCGAGGACCCGGAGGGAGAGAAUGAGUACAUGUUGCUGGUGUACGCCAGGUGGUCCCGCCACCGUCAAGCUACUAGCGAAUUAUGCCUCUGCUGCCCUGCCUCCGAAAGAUGUUUCUGCAGCCAACGAUGACCUCUGUUACUGUCUGGAAUGCGUGGAGGAGUACCACAAAGCAAGAGAUGGGGUUCCGUCUUUGCAUCAGAUCCUGUGGGAUUGGGAAGUUUCCCGUCUCGUUGACCACUUUGAGAAGUCCAUGCAAGAGGACGACGAAAACGACCUCUUCCUGGUGGAGGAAGACCGAGUCACUCCCUUGACUUCCUGUUACACCGGUCCUAAUUUUGAGAAACGUCUGCGGGUGCCCUUGCUGGAAAUCCUCAAGUAUCCCUACCUGCUGCUGCAUGAACAUCUCAGCGAGCUGUGCGUAGAUGCUCUUUGCAAAAUGGAGGAAAUGAACUACUCCUACCAAGUAGUUGGCAAACACCCCGGUAUCUAUUUACUCAUGGUGCACCCCAAUGAAACGAUCCGCCGGUGGGCCAUCCUGACCGCGAGGAACCUGGGCAAAGUCGACCGAGACGAUUAUUACGACAUCCAAGAAGUGCUGAUCUGUUUGUUCAAAGUGGUAGAACUGGGCCUCUUCGAAAACCCGGAUAUCUAUAGUUCAUCGGGGGUUGAAAAAACCAGAUUGGUCCUGUUGCCCCCCCAUCUGUAUGACACCGGCAAUUACAAGAACUAUUGGCUUGGUCUCUGUAUGCUGCUCUCGGUGCUGGAAGAACAAGCAAUGGAUUCGUUGCUGCUCGGGCCAGACAAACAGAAUUUCAUGCAGUCCAUCAUGAACACCAUGAGAAAGCAGACAGAUGGUGAAAUUCAUGACCCCUUUUGGCCCGUCCUCCACUGUUUCAUGGUGAUUUUGGAUAAGUUGGGGUCCAAAGUGUGGGGCCAGUUGGUGGAUCCCGUCCAGGCGUUCCAGACGAUCAUCAAUAACGCGAGCUAUAAGAAGGAAAUAGAGAGCAUUCGACAAGACUGCCCCGGGGCAAAAUCAGAACCACCAUCAGACUAUGGGGAAGUAGCAAUUACCUGCAGCCAGAUUGUAUAUAACUACAACCCAGAAAGGCCUCACAAGGACUCAAGAUUGAAGACUACUGCUUGCUUGGACUACUGCCCCAACUUUUAUGAAGAAAUGCAGACCCUGACCGACAUGUUCCAGUACGACAUCGGGCGGGAUAUGCGUUUGCACCACAGCACUUUCCUCUGGUUCAUUCCUUUUGUCCAUUCCCUGAUGGACCUCAAGGGGCUGGGUGUUGCCUACAGCAUGGUGGUCAUCCAGCACCUGUAUUCCGAAGUCAAGGAGUUCCUCCACCAUGCCGUCCAACCUUGUGACAAAGUGUCUCAGUUUUUCAUCUGGAUCCUCGUGACGGUGGUGGAGCUCAGCUGGAAGAAGAAAUGCUUCAACACUUUGUGGGUCAGCUCUCAAAACUGGGUGGAGGUGGUGGUGACGUGUGCCGGGCUUCCAAGUAUGGCGUUCGCUGGCGGAGCUGAGCGGGACAUGGCUAGAAACGGACCCAGAAGUCUCACAAAAGUACCAUCGUGGGAACCGGAUUCUAUACAGUCUGUUUGCAUGAAUUUGAUCCGAGUUGUCCUAAAGGAAGGCUACCAGAUGGGGCACAAGGCCUCCCCAUUCCUGGACGAGCUGAAUUUGCUUCGGCGUAACCAUGAAGACUGGAAGCUGAACCCCCAGCAGGCGCGGGAAUUACAGACCUGCUUGAUUGAGAUCAUAAGAAGCCUCUGGACUAAGUCAUCAAGCACUUCCUCCCAUGGAGAGACUCCAACCAGCCUCUUCAGAGAACAAGAGGGGAGAAGUCCAGGAUAUGUUCCCCAAGAACACUCCAUCUAUCCAUCACCAAGAAAGCAGGCCGAAGUUUUUCAAGAAGGAAUUUUAUCCGAGAAAAAAUACAGCUUGGAUGAGGAAGCCAAGGGAGCCAUUUAUGGAGAGCCUAGCCAUCGGGGAAAUUCAGAGUUCCAUUUGACCAGCAUUAAGCAGGAACAUAAACAGAGUUUAAUACACGAGGAACACAUGUUGCAUUCUACCUCAACGGGGGGACCUGCCCAGAAGAGUAGAAGUUUCCACUCGAUACCGGGGAACCAGAAUAGCUUCCUAAACCAGAGCAUUUUUGACAAAGACUUUCAGAAGAAAGACACCGGCGGGAAAGAAGAGAAGCCCAAAAUUACCAACCCUGAUCUCCACCAAUGGCCCAGCAGUUCUGCUCUGGAAGAAAAGCAGAUUCCAAAAACGACUGCCGAGAAGUUUAAGCCAAACAAAGAGGACUUGACGUUGAAAUUGAAACAGUUUGUGGAGAAUAGGAAGAGGCUGCUGGGGCCGGAGAGCGAAAAGCAGCAGUCCAUCAAGGAGGAAAACCAGGGUGGUCAGGAAGGAACGGCGAGAAGAACGUCAAGAGAUGGUAGCAGCACGUCAAGUUGUCUGCCCUGCAAACCAGCACUAAGUUCGGAGAACGGCUUCCAGGCCAAAAUCCUUUCCGUAAAGAAGGAACCCAGAGACAGUUUGGCAGGAUUUAAGAGCGCUUGGAAAAAUGGGGGAGCUUCAGAAGAAAGUAGCACAGAUGAUGAGCUGAAUAUCCCCUUGACAGAGAUCAGGAAAGGGCUGGUGAAAAAACGAUCAAUGGUCCAAGCGAUGGAGCCUGAAGUAGACAGAGAGGAUCAAUUGUAUUUAGCUGGUCAUCAAGAAAGUACCUUGACUUACCAGAAUCCUAUUCAAAGAAAAGUCCAAGGGGCGUUUAGGUCUCCAUCUAAGAGCGAAACUCAAACAUUGUCCUCCGAAGCAGGUGGACCUUCAAACCAGGUCAUCAUCAUUUCGGACACGUCUUCCGACGAAGAAGAGAACAAAGUGAACUUGAGCCGGAGGAGCCAAGAAGAAAACGUGAGCGGGUCCCUUCAGAAGGACUGCGAGCCCAACGAACAAGAGGUCAUAACCGUUUCCAGUUCUCCGUUGAUGUACGGGGAAUGUGAAUCGCAGUGCUUCGAGUUUGAAACUGAAGACGAGAUCUACUCUGCUUGGCAAGAUAGCCAGUUGGAGAAGACAGCGGAGGCAGAUGUCAGGUCCGCCUCGCCUAACUUGGAGUUGGCUGGGCGCCUUAGCGAGCGGGGUGAUGAUACAGACGGUCUUGGGGACGACGUUAUUGAAAAAGCCGAGCAAGAACUGGAAGAGCAGGUGAAACUCGGUAAAACCAAGCCGAAAGUUCCUGCCCAGGCCGACGAAGAAAAUGUCGGCGAGGGAAGCGCUGCUGUUUGUUCAAAGUAUUUCACAGCCAUGCACGACGAUGGUCAGGAGUCUCCCAGACAGAGUUCCGCUUUAGCUUCCCCUACGCCACUAUCGUCAUCAUCAUCAUCUGCUGGACCUUUGACACCAUCUCUGGAACCGACUCCCGGACCAAGGAAGAGUUUGGCCAAAUCUAAGUGGCUCAACACAGCUCCACAGAGUCCUGAGGAAAAAAGACUCGUGACAGAAAAGAAAUCGACCCAGGCAACGCUGUCUGGAUCGUCUGGUCCUUUCGUGGUUCCUCCUAAGAAAGUCCACCAUUUUCCCGAGCCGACGUCCACUGUCGAAAAGCUGGGCCUGAAGAAGAAACCCCGCAGAGCCGCUGAGCUCUCCCAACGUUCUCACGAUGUCCUCGCCCAGUUGCGCAGCUACGGAAAAACAGCCGGGCAGCUUCCCGAAAAGAGCAGAAAGGCCAAACUGAUUGAACCUCGACGGAUGGUAAUCCGGAACAAAGCGUUGUUGGCCAGCCAAGAACGCCAGUUCUUCAGACAGUCAAGACCCGAGAAGACGGAGAAAGGGGAGGACGUUCCCAAAGCCAAGAAGAAGACUUUUUGCAAGUCACCUGAGGAGUCUACUGGUAAGAAGGAGAGUGACAAUCCAAAAGGAAAACCUAACCAGCCCAGCAGUUCUUCUAACCACCCGAAGAAAUUGCUGCCGCAGCAUUCAGGAGAGGAUGAUGGGUCCCAUUCUGGAGCUCCGGAGAGAGAGGCCCUUCCACCAUCAAAGCAGGAGACUAUCAUGCCCGAUUCAGAUGUCCCUGGGUGUUCCGCCUCUGCUCCAGGGGGUGUCUGUUCUUCAAGUGAAAUUGAUGGGGCCAAUUCGGGUUCCUCUUCCAAGAACUUGAGUGAGGAUGCAUCUGGGUUAAAGGAGGACUUGGAAGAGAAUGAGGAUGACUUGUUCCUAACCCAGAGAGAUCUGGUGGACAUGGAGCUUUGCUCACAGAUGGAAAGUAACAGUUGCCCAGAGGACUUAGAUGUCCACCCAACCUUGCAGGAUCAGCCUCAGGCCGCUGAGAAAUGCAGGCAUCUCGGAUGUCCUCUAAAGGUGAAAGGAACAGGGCUCUUCUGCCAAGGUCAUUCUCCACCUAACCCUCCAGAUCAUGUCUUUGCCAAGCCUUCCACGAAGAAAAUGUUCACCUCCAGUGCUUCUUCUCGGACUGCCAACUUCUCGAAAGACCUGGAGAACAGCUCCGCGCAGGCGAAGACCAAAUCCAACCCAGCCCCCUUGAAGGCAGAUGACGUGAGGGCCAAGGUAACUCUGGCCAAUUUCCUUUGCCCUAGGAACGGGAAUAACCUCUCCACACAACCCCACAAUGUCCCAAACAGCCAUGUUGUUGGUAAUGCGAACAAGAUGCCCGUUCCAUGCUCUGACACCAGUCGGGAAGUAUGCCCAUCGUUUGCCCGAGUCAACAGUUCUUACAACCAGCCUAGAGACCACAGCAUUUUCACCAAAGAAGUCCUGAAGUGGAGUUACGAUAUGUUUGCCAACUUCAAGAAGUUUGGACCACCAAACCAUCUCUUGCAGGCAGUUGUUAUCUUCGUUCCGGUCAAGUUUCAGAACUACGAUGAUUAUUUUAAGAUUUUCUUCCCUUUGAUGAUGCUCAACGCCUUCGAAGAGGUCGCGUGUGAAUGGCUGGAGAAUCAGAAGCUGAAAGAGCCGAAGCCUUUUCAUUUGACUUUACUGAAUUUCAACGUGGACUUAAACAAAGCAGAUUUCACAGCUAACAUUUCCCAGCAUGAAAUAGAAAGUCAGCAACACCCCAAAGAAGAUGAUGUGGUUUUCCUAAUAGUAUCUGAAAAACGGUUCUACUACGAUGAACGAGACGGAGAGAACCGUGUAGUUCGGCACGUUGGUUUCGUGACUCGUUUUUCUCAGCCUUCCAUUCAUAAUACUAAAAAGGACCAACAGGUCACCUGUCACCUCUCCAUCCAGACUCAAGGAAAUCUCUUGCGCAUCGAGAAGGAGGUGAAAUGCGUGGUGGUCAGCUCCUUGGCGACAACCCACCGGAGGUUCCAGGCCCUCUUGAUGCUGAAUCGCAGCCCGUUGGCCAUGCCCAUCCUGUCUCCAAGCGCCCCCUACUUCUUCCCGAGAGAUUUGAACACCGAAUCUGAGAAAUCGCUUCCUUACAUGAAGGACUUCAAUGAAGGGCAGAGGCGAGCUAUUGAAAGUGCUUACGCCAUGAUAACCCAGAAUCCAUCUUCACCCAAGGUCUGCUUAAUCCAUGGACCACCUGGGACGGGGAAGUCGAAGGUGAUCGUUGGACUUCUCCACCGCAUCCUUGGUGAGAGAUCAGGAAAAGAGAAUUCCAUCCAGAGUCUGAACGCCAAAAUCAAGACGAACCGCGUGUUGGUUUGUGCACCUUCCAAUGCAGCCAUCGAUAACCUCAUGAAAAAAAUAAUUUUGGGAUUCAAAAGAUUCCGGGAGAAAAAUGCUUUAGGGAAUUGUGGUGACAUCAACCUGGUCCGUCUAGGACAACAGAAAUCGAUCAACAGCGAAGUCCGGAAAUUCAGCUUGGAUGAUCAGAUUGAUCGCAAGAUCAAUAAGACCAUGCUUGGUAAAGAUCAAGACCUCCAAAAGAAGAAGGAAGAUUUAGAUCGGCGGUUGGACGCGCUUUCUCGUCUGCGGGCCAUGGACAGAAGCGAGAAGGGGGAAAAGAAACAACAACUGGAGGACGAAAUUUGCCAACUCUCGAAGGAGAGGCAACGCUUGGCUUCUCAACUCAAAGAAGCUCGCGGGCGAACUCAGGAGUUGAAAGCAAGCAUCAUUUUGGAAUCCCAUAUCAUUUGCUGCACCCUGAGCACGAGCGGAGGGAUGCUGCUGAAAUCGGCUUUCCGGAGGCUGGGCGGGGACCCCGUCAGCUGCGUGAUUGUGGACGAGGCAGGACAGGCGUGUGAAGUCGAAACACUCAUCCCUCUGAUUCAUGGCUGUAAGAAACUGGUUUUGGUCGGCGACCCCAAACAGCUGCCUCCCACCAUCAAGUCCCUGAAAGCUCAGGAUUACAGAUUCGAACAGUCUAUGAUUGGCCGUCUCUACAAGCAUCUCAAGGAACAAGAUCAAGGAAAUAUGUCGGGGAAAUGUCCAGUCCUUCAGCUCACCGUCCAGUAUCGGAUGCACCCAGAAAUCUGCCUUUUUCCGUCCAAAUAUAUCUACGAAGGGGUCUUGACCACUGACAGGAAAAUAGCAGAAGAUCGCUUCUCGUUGGCGUGGCCUUUCCAACCCUACUUGCUUUUCGAUGUCUUAGACAGCCACGAAGAACGAGAGAAUGACUCCUACUGUAACCCCCAAGAAGGGACGCUGUUGGCGGAACUCAUGAAGGUCAUUAAAGGGAAGAAGAAGGAUAUCGGCUCGCGUCAAAUUGGAAUCAUCACCCCUUACAACGCGCAGAAAAAGAGGAUACAGAGACAGCUGGAUAAAGAAUUCGGAGAAAACAGUGUUGGGGAAAUCGACACCGUGGACGGAUUCCAAGGCCGCGAAAAAGAUUGCAUUAUUGUCACCUGCGUGCGGGCAAACAGCCCACAAGGAUCGAUUGGGUUUCUAAAAAGCCUACAGCGCCUGAACGUCACCAUCACCCGAGCCAAAUACAGCCUUUUCAUUCUUGGGAAGCUGAAAACACUCAUGGAGAAUAAAGACUGGAACGAGAUGAUCCAGGACGCCCAACGGAGAGGGAACAUCAUCCAGACCUCCAAGAACACCUACAAAGCCAGCGCCAUGAAAAUCCUCAAAUCCAGACCUGUUCCUUUCUCCGGAAUGGCAACUCUAGAAAGAGACGUCCAAGGAGCCCCAGUGCAGGCCCUCAGGGGAGCCAAACCACAGGCCCUCCCCAUCCCGGACGCCACCCAGCGCCCUCCAGUCUCCCUUCCCACUCCAGCUGGCCAAAGGACCCCUCAAGAGACACCCAACCUCCGGCCACCCCCUGUGGCCCAGGGGAAACCAAUCCAGAACAGACUGCAAGACCCCCGUAUCUUCAGACGAGCGUUAAAAGCCCCCAACUGCCAGGAGGGUCAGGCUCCUGUCUCGGGACCCUCGUCAAUGCAGAAAUCCUCCGGACCUCCGGCCAUUCAGAGCCGUAGCAUUUCCGUGGACACCACCCCGGUGGGAACGCCGAGCCACAUUUGGCCCGUGCCUAGCCCUCCUCUGCCGAGCGGAGCCCACUCCACCGAGACCUGGAAAGAACACCCCAGUUAUCCCCGGAGGGUAUCGGAGGUGUCCCAAGAGAAGGACGAUUCUACCGAACCCAAGAAGAGACGCAUCACUUUCUGACUUCCCGAGACACCUUGUUCCUUACAAGGUGUCUUGUAUGCGAGUCUUCCCAUCAUCUCUUGCCUGUAAGACGAGUGAGAGAGAAAGAGAAAGAGUCUGACUGACUCUGCAGGUCUGGGUCGGUAUGCAUAAAUAUACUGACGCGAGGCAGUUGUGCCUUGAAAUAGAACCGUAUAUUAAAAGAACCCCCAAACUCUGUAACCCUUAGGGGCCAUGUACAUUUGUAUAGCCAAGAAAGCUUUUAUUUUUUAGAGGCAAGUGCCCAUUAAAUGAUUCCAUGUGUACAAUGUCCUAGCCCAUCAAUCGGGGACUUUUAUCAGCUACUCUGCUGGUAUGUGUGGGAUCCCCCUCCAACUUCAACAAGGCCUCCUUUCCCAGGCCUGAAACCCUGCUUUGAUUUCGAUACUGAUUCUUCGGGGUACACCACACCACACCACACCACACAAAACAACAGGGGUUUGGGAGAGGAACUUUGCUCUGCUCAAUUCCGGGUGCUAUAGCAACAUCGGCCGGAAAGACCUUUGCACAAACAACAAAAUAACUUCUCCGUUCAUUGAAGAGAUUCUGCAAAAUUCUCUUUAACUUCUCUCCCUCGUCUAUUUUUCUGAUCAAAGUGCCUCUGUUUUUGUUUUUUGCAAAAAUAUGGAAAGAUUUAGGUUACCUUUUCAACUGGGCUGGAGAGUGGGGGGGGGGAAGUCCCUCUCUCUGCCUGCCCACUACUCUGCGGUCAAUCUGAUCUUUUAUUAAAAUCUUGCAAUUUGGCAGUUUGUAAUCGACAUUUUCAACCCGGCAUCUUUCCCUCUCAACAUUUGGGGAUGAGGAUCCCAAGCAAAAGGAGUUGGAGAAGCUGCUUGAUUCUCACUGCCGCAUUUGGGCAUUUUCACUUGGUUUGAUAAAAGUUUUUUGUGUUUUAUCAAUAUAUAUAUAUAUAUAUCAAUCCAUCUAUCAAUAUACCCUUCUGUUAUGAAUAACCUUCGAUAAAAAGUUGCGUUUAUCAAUAUAUGUAUAUGUAGAUAUAUAUAUGUUUUCUGAGGUUUUCGCGGGUGUUUGUAGAUCUUUGGCUAUUCGGGUUUUCUCCCGCGUAAAAUUGGAAGCAUCUUGGCGACGUUUCGAAGA